AUGCUGCCUGUUUUGGCUGUGUUUGCUACGCUCGUCCAGGGCGACGCAAACAUUCAGAUGUGGAGUGUUGACGUAUUAAAAACUAACGAAGUGAUCCGGGAACUAGAAAACGGCGGUUACUUCGAUAUUUGGGGCGACAAUACAACCCACGCCCAGAUUCUGGUACGCUAUGUUCCAGGUAUCCAUGCUCGUGAAUGGAUCUCUCCUGCCGUCUCUAUGUAUAUCCUGAACCUGCUGAAUUUAGAAGAGUCUUGGCGAGACCUGCUGAAGAGGACGGAGUGGCUGUGGAGAAAGAAUCGCCAGACCCUCCAUGAUAGAGGUUGCAAAGGCGUGAGCCUGAUCCGUGACUUGGACUUGGAAUGGAGCUUCAGCACUCCAUUCGACCCGUGUAGUGAGACAAAGGCGUCACACCCUUCACUGAACCAGAAACCCAAGGUCUCCAAGCAAUCAUGGAAACACCACUGCUGCACACAAGUACUGUACAUAAACGGGCGUGGUGCCAGCUCACGCAGUCUUCCGAGCUUGGUGCCAGCUCACCCCGUCUCCCGAGCUUGGUGCCAGCUCACCCCGUCUCCAGGGCCUGGUGCCAGCUCACCCCGUCUCCAGGGCCUGGUGCCAGCUCACCCCGUCUCCAGGGCCUGGUGCCAGCUCGCCCUGUCUCCAGGGCCUGGUGCCAGCUCGCCCCGUCUCCAGGGCCUGGUGCCAGCUCGCCCCGUCUCCAGGGCCUGGUGCCAGCUCGCCCCGUCUCCAGGGCCUGGUGCCAGCUCGCCCCGUCUCCAGGGCCUGGUGCCAGCUCGCCCCGUCUCCAGGGCCUGGUGCCAGCUCACCCCGUCUCCAGGGCCUGGUGCCAGCUCGCCCCGUCUCCAGGGCCUGGUGCCAGCUCACCCCGUCUCCAGGGCCUGGUGCCAGCUCGCCCCGUCUCCAGGGCCUGGUGCCAGCUCGCCCCGUCUCCAGGGCCUGGUGCCAGCUCGCCCCGUCUCCAGGACCUGGUGCCAGCUCGCCCCGUCUCCAGGGCCUGGUGCCAGUUCGCCCCGUCUCCAGGGCCUGGUGCCAGCUCGCCCCGUCUCCAGGGCCUGGUGCCAGCUCGCCCCGUCUCCAGGGCCUGGUGCCAGCUCGCCCCGUCUCCAGGGCCUGGUGCAAGCUCGCCCCGUCUCCAGGGCCUGGUGCCAGCUCGCCCCGUCUCCAGGGCCUGGUGCCAGCUCGCCCCGUCUCCAGGGCCUGGUGCCAGCUCGCCCCGUCUCCAGGGCCUGGUGCCAGCUCGCCCCGUCUCCAGGGCCUGGUGCCAGCUCGCCCCGUCUCCAGGGCCUGGUGCCAGCUCGCCCCGUCUCCAGGGCCUGGUGCCAGCUCGCCCCGUCUCCAGGGCCUGGUGCCAGCUCGCCCCGUCUCCAGGGCCUGGUGCCAGCUCGCCCCGUCUCCAGGGCCUGGUGCCAGCUCGCCCCGUCUCCAGGGCCUGGUGCCAGCUCGCCCCGUCUCCAGGGCCUGGUGCCAGCUCUCCCCGUCUCCAGGGCCUGGUGCCAGCUCGCCCCGUCUCCAGGGCCUGGUGCCAGCUCGCCCCGUCUCCAGGGCCUGGUGCCAGCUCGCCCCGUCUCCAGGGCCUGGUGCCAGCUCGCCCCGUCUCCAGGGCCUGGAGCCAGCACGCCCCGUCUCCAGGGCCUGGAGCCAGCACGCCCCGUCUCCAGGGCCUGGAGCCAGCUCGCCCCGUCUCCAGGGCCUGGAGCCAGCUCGCCCCGUCUCCAGGGCCUGGAGCCAGAUCGCCCCGUCUCCAGGGCCUGGAGCCAGCUCGCCCCGUCUCCAGGGCCUGGAGCCAGCUCGCCCCGUCUCCAGGGCCUGGAGCCAGCUCGCCCCGUCUCCAGGGCCUGGAGCCAGCUCGCCCCGUCUCCAGGGCCUGGAGCCAGCUCGCCCCGUCUCCAGGGCCUGGAGCCAGCUCGCCCCGUCUCCACGGCCUGGAGCCAGCUCGCCCCGUCUCCAGGGCCUGGAGCCAGCUCGCCCCGUCUCCCGGGCCUGGAGCCAGCUCGCCCCGUCUCCCGGGCCUGGAGCCAGCUCGCCCCGUCUCCCGGGCCUGGAGCCAGCUCGCCCCGUCUCCCGGGCCUGGAGCCAGCUCGCCCCGUCUCCCGGGCCUGGAGGCAGCUCGCCGCGUCUCCCGGGCCUGGAGCCAGCUCGCCCCGUCUCCCGGGCCUGGAGCCAGCUCGCCCCGUCUCCCGGGCCUCGUGCCAGCUCGCCCCGUCUCCCGGGCCUUGUGCCAGCUCGCCCCGUCUCCCGGGCCUCGUGCCAGCUCGCCCAGUCUCCCGGGCCUCGUGCCAGCUCGCCCAGUCUCCCUGGCUUCGUGCCAGUCUCCCUGGCUUCGUGCCAGUCUCCCUGGCUUCGUGCCAGUCUCCCUGGCUUCGUGCCAGUCUCCCUAGCUUCGUGCCAGUCUCCCUGGCUUCGUGCCAGUCUCCCUGGCUUCGUGCCAGUCUCCCUGGCUUCGUGCCAGUCUCCCUGGCUUCGUGCCAGUCUCCCUGGCUUCGUGCCAGUCUCCCUGGCUUCGUGCCAGUCUCCCUGGCUUCGUGCCAGUCUCCCUGGCUUCGUGCCAGUCUCCCUGGCUUCGUGCCAGUCUCCCUGGCUUCGUGCCAGUCUCCCUGGCUUCGUGCCAGUCUCCCUGGCUUCGUGCCAGUCUCCCUGGCUUCGUGCCAGUCUCCCUGGCUUCGUGCCAGUCUCCCUGGCUUCGUGCCAGUCUCCCUGGCUUCGUGCCAGUCUCCCUGGCUUCGUGCCAGUCUCCCUGGCUUCGUGCCAGUCUCCCUGGCUUCGUGCCAGUCUCCCUGGCUUCGUGCCAGUCUCCCUGGCUUCGUGCCAGUCUCCCUGGCUUCGUGCCAGUCUCCCCGGCUUCGUGCCAGUCUCCCUGGCUUCGUGCCAGUCUCCCUGGCUUCGUGA